CCAUGGCAUUGCGCGUUUCUAAGCUCUCAAAGUACCCAAGCUGACGUACCUCGAACCACCGAACCUCGACAGCUUCACAUCCUCUGACGAACAACUCCACGACGAUACCAACCUACAAAUAUCUCGAGAACCCCGCAAUAACCAGGGUCAAUAACGUACCUUUCCCUUCGACCUCUACCUACUCGUGCGAGACCCCGCGUCCCUUUCAGACCCUCAUACCGCAACACAGAACCAAAGCAUCAUGGACUUUGCUCCCUACCAGUCCUCCCCGCCGGAGCGCGAACGAGCCCUCUCCCCGCCCCUCGCAUCGCCGCGCGCCUCGGCCGACAUUCGAAGACCCUUCUCACCGUACGGUCAACCGUCACCCCCGCCCCUGCAGCACCCGCAACCGCAGCGCGGCUGGCAGCCGAACCUGCCAGGGUCCUACCCCACGGCGGACGCGCACCGGGAGGGCGUGAGCGAGUUCGAUACGAGCCUGGGGAUCAGGCUGGACUACGAGGCUGCGCUGGCGUAUUUGGCGUUUCCGCCGCUGGGUGCGAUAUUGUUGUUGAUUGGGGAGCGGAAUAGUGAUUAUGUGAGAUUUCACGCAUGGCAAUCGGCACUGCUAUUCACGGCCGUCAUGAUCUUCCACCUGGUGUUCCUCUCGUGGUCCAAGUUCCUGAGCUGGUUCUUCUUCAUCGGCGACGUGUUUGUCAUGGUGUGGCUGGCUUUGAAGGCGUACCAAGACGCGGAUACGCUAGAUAGAUUCGAGGUUCCCGUACUUGGCGCGCUGGCCAGCCGGAUUCUUGACGACGAAUGAAAUGUGACGAGACGACGAUGCAACGAGAAGCCUGGAGGGAUUACUGUGCUGUAAGAUGGCGAGGGGCGUGCCUUGAUGACUAUUGUUGUGCAUAUCAUAUACCCUUUUAAUUAGUCGGAGAGAGGAGCAUCUCGACCUAGGCCAGGCUGGCCUUUCUGCUCAUAGAUGUACCACAUUGUCUGUAUGAUGACGAGAGACCUUGAAAUUGAAAGUGCCAUGCAUUUAUACAGGAUAAUGACUAAGUAGGUAAUUACGGUAAUAUCUCAUCGAUGAAGUGAGGUCAGCUCAUCAACACCGUACAGUGAAUAGAC